GGCUCAGUCCCGAAUUUGCCGCCUCCGCCUUACGUCGACUACCCCCAGCUCUAAGAACUACCAUGGACCGUGAUUCGCUCGUCUUCCUUGCCAAGCUCGCCGAACAGGCCGAGCGCUACGACGAGAUGGUCGACCACAUGAAGGCCGUCGCCAACAACCACAACGUGGAGCUCUCGGUCGAGGAGCGCAACCUCCUCUCGGUGGCCUACAAGAACGUGAUCGGGUCGCGCCGUGCCAGCUGGCGCGUGAUCUCGUCGAUCGAGAACAAGGGCGACGUCGAGCGCGCCGAGCACAUCAAGAACUACCGCCUCAAGAUCGAGGCCGAGCUCGUCAACAUUUGCAACGACAUUUUGCAGAUCAUUGAGAGCAACUUGAUUCCCAACUCGUCGAGCGAGGAAGGCAAGGUGUUUUACUACAAGAUGAAGGGCGACUACCACCGGUACCUCGCCGAAUUCCAGGUCGACGACGAGCGCAAGGAGAGCUCGGACAAGGCCCUCGACAGCUACAAGCAGGCGUCGACGAUUGCGAUGGCCGAGCUCCCGCCCACGCACCCGAUCCGCCUCGGCCUUGCGCUCAACUUUUCGGUGUUUUACUACGAAAUCCUCAACUCGCCCGACCGUGCGUGCAACCUCGCCAAGCAGGCGUUCGACGACGCGAUUGCCGAGCUCGACACGCUCUCGGAAGAGUCGUACAAGGACUCGACCUUGAUCAUGCAGCUCCUCCGCGACAACCUCACGCUGUGGACGUCGGACCAGGAACCCGACAACGCUGACGCCAACCAGGGCGACAUGAACGUCCAGGACGUCGAGUAAACGGACUCGGAUUAGGCCUCGAAUUCUAUCUCUUAGAUAAAACUACUAUCAAAAAACCUAUUUUACACUA